UGGACGGGCGGACCAUGGAGCUGUACUUCGGGGAAUACCAGCACGUGCAGCAGGGAUACGGCGUCCACCUGAGAAUGGCCACCGGUGACGACAGCAAGCGGCCUCGGCCCGCCCAGCACGCCAAGGUGGGCUCCUAUGGGGUCAGCAUUCGGGUGCAGGGCAUCGACGGGCACCCCUACAUUGUCCUGAACAACACAGAGCGCUGCCUGGCCGCCGCCUCCUUCCCGGAAGAUGGCUCUCCCUUCCCAGCGCCCGUGAACAAGCCAUCCCUGCACCCCAACAAUGGCUCGGCGCCGGAGGACAGCAGCCCCCCGGAGCUUGAGUUCCCAGAAAACCCCUAUGCCCCGUCGUGCCCGGCCAAAAGCCCCAAGCCGGCCCGCGUGCCCCAGGGCAAGACUGGAGGCCCAGGAGCUCGCCAGGGGGCACCCCCCAAACCAAGCCACCUGCUCAACUUCCAGAAGCACCCCGAGCUCUUGCAGCCCUAUGAUCCCCAAAAGCUGGAGCUGGGCUCGCCAGAGCACCCGCCCCGCGAGAGCAGCUGCCCGAAGGCCUUUGCAGAAGCGGGGUCGGGUGGCAGGAAGGUCUGGGCUCGCCCCUCGCCGGCCCCUGGGCCGCCCAGCCCCGCAGCCGCCCAGCCGGCCCCCGCUGGGGUCCAGGCCAUCCGCGUGUGCGGCUCGGUGGUCAUCGAGGACCCG